GGAAAUUUUACCUAACUGUACUGUGAACGUAAACUUCAAAUUAAAUGGUGAAAUAUAUAGACGAUUAGAUGGCUUCGCACUGGGUUCACUACUAGGUCUCAUACUGGCUGACAUUUUUCUCACUAAACUAGAAAACGGUACAAUGGCACGACUUAUUGACAAGUGUUCAUUUUCCUGUCGACAUAUGGAUGAUACGUUGUGAAGAACAUACUAACAGAGUAGGAGGAGAAAUAACGUCCAAACUAAUCUUACAGGCUUCUACCCUAGAAAUUUUAGGUGUGAAGAGCAAUGAAACAUCAAGAAUAUUCGUUAUUCGUGUAAAGGUUAUUCACUGUGUUUAUCAGUACUACUCUUUUAUUUUUACUUGUCCCCAUAGUUGGGAUACAUGGUAUGUCAUAUGAGAUCUUACGUCGCCGUGCCUUGCAGUAUGCUCGUGAAAUCAAGUAUAGUCUUGUUCAACUCGACAGUGUAAAUGAGAAAAUAAAAACUAUCAAAAACUACUCUUUAAUUAGACCGUUAAAAGAAGUGAAAGUCUCAGUGGAGCAAUUAAAAAGUCAGUUGCAGGAUAUUUCACUACACUUACACGUUGAUAUUGAUGGGAUUGGACGAGUUGACGGUGUGUUGGAAUCACGAAUAAAUUAUCUGGAAUAUUUAUCAAAUGAACUUCAAAGUGAAUUAUUCCAAUUGCAGAAUCCUUCAAGUUGUAAAAAAGCUAAAUAUGUGGUUGCCUCGUUAAAUAGACCUUGUGCAUUCGGUUGUAAUGCACAUCACUUAAUGCAUUGUUUUCAAAUGGCUUAUGCAACUGGGCGUACAUUAAUCCUGGAUCCUACGGAUGGGGAGGGAUACACACAAUGGUGGCUAAAAAAAUUUCUGCCAUUAUCUCAGAAAUGCAGUAUAAAUGACAUUCAGUCGAAUAUCCAUUCUGAUUUUUCUGCUGGAGAGGCAUCUAAUACCUAUCAAGCAAUUAAGUGUCCGCGCAUAGAUGCAGUAAGCUCUUCAUUUGAUUGGAUCCCUCCAGCUGUUCCAAGCCAUUUGAGCAAAAUACUUACGCGUUUACAUGGUGCCCCAUUUGUGUGGUUCAUUGGUCAGUUGGGUAAAUUUUUAAUGCGUCCAACGUUCAACUUAACUGAAGAAUUUAAAAUAUUCGACAAUCAAUCUGAUAAUCCAAUUGUUGGUAUUCAUGUUCGACGUACGGAUAAAAUAAAUACUGAAGCGAGUUUUCAUAGUUUAGAAGAAUAUAUGACUGAAGUUGAAAGCUAUUUCCAAUUCAUAGAUGCCAAACGUCAAAUGAUGUCUAGAACUGAAGAGUGGAGAAAUGAUAUCAAAUCACCGUUUCGUCAUAGUGUAUAUCAUCAAUUGAAACCAGUAAAACGACGUGUAUAUAUAGCUACAGACGACCCUAAUCUAUUUGAUGAGGCUAAAUCAAAGUAUCCGAAUUAUACAUUUUAUGGUGAUCGUGAACGUGCUGAUUCAGCUUCUCUUUUCAGAAGAAAAAAUGAAGAUUCUAUUAUGGGUGUAGUAACUGACGUGUUUGCUUUAUCAAGAACAAAUUAUUUAGUUUGUACUUUUUCUUCACAGGUUUGUCGAUUAGCUUAUGAAUUGAUGCAGUCUAAUCAUUUAGAAUUAGGUGAUGCAAGUCAACAAUUUCGUUCAUUAGAUGAUAUAUAUUACUUUGGUGGACAACAAUCUUCACCAUAUGAAACAAUAAUAUCAGAUAAAGAAAAUGAUUUAUCUCCUGGUGAUUUAGUUCACUUUCAUGGUAAUCAUUGGAAUGGUUAUGCAAAAGUUGAAAAGCUGAAUACUAAUCGUAAAGUAAUGGCACCAGCAUUUAAAUUUUCUUCAAGAUUAUUAAGUGCUCCUAUGAUUGGUGCCCAUGGAAAUCGAUCUGAAUUUACUUUUGAUUAUAAAUAAUUGUGUUUUUUUCUAAAUAGGAAUAAUUUUCUCCUUUCAUCAUCCUCAUCUUCUUCUUCUUCUUUCUCUGUACCACUGACUUACUUAUUUAUGGUUUUAUAUUUGAAAACACAUCGAGCCUCAUCGUUUUAUUGUAGCGUCGAAGCUCUCAACUAAAGGUUUUGUUUUUACAGAUCAAGUUGAAGCUUAUCUAUCUACAUAUGCCAAGUAUUGUAGAGCAUAGGCUUCUCGAAAUUCAUCGUAUCCAACCGAAUUCUUAUACACAUAUCCUAUAGUCUCAAUGUGAUAUAUAUUGAUUGCAUAAUUGUAUGAUUGGACUUUGUUUGUAUUUUUAUUGUGUUUCUAAAAGAUAAAAGACAACAUUGUAUCGUGUAUGUACACACUACUCAUGGUGUUUUGUCAGCAUCUGUGUUUUUUAUCGCGUUUUUAAAAAAUCUGUCUGUUCAUUUCACUACUUUGAUUUUAAUGGAAAUGUCAAACAACUUCAUGAAAGAUUG